UCAGUACAAACGCAAAUGGUGAAGAAGAAAGGCGGCGGCUGCGGCGCGUCCGACGACGCCACCGACGAGUUCGUCCUGUGGGCCCCGCAGCAGCCCCGGGGCCGCGGACGCACCGUCUGGGCCACCACGGGACACCGCCAACGCCGUCUCUGGACGGGCAUGAAGCACUUCAACGCCAGUUUCUGGACCGGAGACUCGCAAUUCAGCGAGAGUCAAGUCAUCAGCGGCACCGAAUGGCUGUCGAAGAGCAACUCGGCGACCGGCGACGACCCGUGCCACGGCGCCAAGCGACCAAAACGGAUGAGCAGCACGAAUUCCUCCAGCGUGCCAAUUAGCGUCACUCUGAUCGAGUCCGAGCGGGCAAAUAAUGACGCCGAUGCUGAUGCUGAUGAGAAGAGUAUUGCCGGGAAGGAAGAAAAAGAAGAGGAGAACAAGGAGCAACGGCGACUCAUGCAGACAAUGACCAUCAGCAGACGUGUCCACGAAGCGUUUCAGUUCAAGUUGCGCGACGUGUACAAACGAGGGGUUGGGGACGCUGACGAAAGUACCAGGCCUGGUGACUUUGCCCGCACAGUGGUGUCAAACAGCUGCGAGCCGCCUCGGCUGUCCCUGGUGCCCUCUCCCCCGGGGGCGGCGGUGCCUCGCGGCCCCGCGGGGGUCUCUGAGCCGCCACCGGCACCGGUGUUGAAGACCCGAGUCUCCCCGGCAAGGGUGGAGACGGCCACGCUCGGGCCGCAGGGGCCGCCCGCCAAGUACACGCCCACUAGAGACAUCGUGCAGAAUGUGGUGCGGGGUGGAGGCAGUCUAUCAGUAGCACGCGCGAUGCCGCAGCACGCAAACGGCCCGUCAACCCCAUCACCCCUGGGCACGGCCCAUACGCCUUCAUCCCUCCUCAGGUCGGUGAGCAAGGACCGUUUGGCCGCGCCGCAGUCGGGCUGGACGGAGUACACUCCGAGCAACAACAGCAAUUCGGGCCUGCCCCAACGACCGUCGCCCCAAGCCAACGGGGUUGCUGUUUACAAAGCUUCAAGCAGAGAACAGGUUGCACCAGUUCCUCGGCAGUCUCCGCUGCGGGUGACCCCCUCGCGGCCGACCGGAACGCCGCCCACCCUCGGCAAAAGCACGCCACCCCUGGCGGAAUGGUCGCCUGACAGCAGCUCGUCGUCUUCGACGGCCACCGCCACCAACAGCCCAGCCAACGUCGGACUCAACAAACUGGAGCUGUGCCAGUUCUACAACGUGCAGCAGUUCCCUGAGCGAGACGUGCCUCACGACAAACAGGUGGGCCACCCCAAGCAAUCCACCCCUCCGCAACAGCAGCAGCAGCAGCAGCAGACACAACCCUUGGAGAAAAUCAUGCGGAGUGGAGAAAACGACAAUGAGAUAAACGAGGCGAAAAUCAGUCCGGAAUGCGCUGAAAAGAGCAGUGCCGCGAGUCAGCAGGCGCCGACCACCGCAGAGGACAGCCAGCAGUGCUUCAGGCUGAAGAGGCCGGCGGCCAAGAUGAAGUCCCGCAGAAAAAACAUUUUGAGCUUCCCGCACCACUUGAGCGUAGACGAACUCAGGCUGCUGCAGCAACGCCGACAGGACUCGUGCGGCGGCUCCUCGAGUGACGAGAACAGGUCUUCAGGGCACGCCAGCAUGUCCGACGGGCACACGAGCUCUUCUCCGCCGGCCGACUCGCUCGGAAGGAAGCACAACCACUACAAGUCACCCCUGGGUGCUGUCCCUGAAGAUGAAAGACUCUCUGCGAGUGUGAUGCUCCUUCAAAGAGAGCAAGCUUCUCGGCCUCCGAACACAAUUGCUGCUAGCAAUUCUCGCAAGGGUGCCGUGAUUCAGCAAAAUUCUCGUUCCCGCCACCGCGCCACCCCGGCCAAGUUCGAGCCUGGCGGCGGCCUGGAGGACAUUCGACUGGCCAUCGAGCAGCUGACCCUGCGGUCGCACGGCUCGCGGGCCUCGUACAGCACGUCUACGUACUCGAGCAUGAGCGGCAGCGAGAGUGAGCCAGUGCGUCGGCUCAUCAGGCACUCCAGCCUCGAGACCAUCAACACCAAUGGAACCGCUGCUGACGAGUUUGUCUGGGUGGAUUCACAUAAUAGGCUGGUGGAGCUGCAGCACCUUCCGUGGACGAACCACGACGUGCUCCGCGUGAUCCAGCAAGGCCGCGCCAAGGACCAUUUGGAGCGGGUGUCGAUGGAGACGGUGCCGCGGCUGGCGUACCUCCUGCAGCGGGCCCUGGUGCGGAUAGCCCGCGAGGCGCAGCGGCUGGCCAAGCCGCUCGGCAUGUGCAGCAAACACGAGGUGGCCAGCGCCCUCAAGAUCGUGCUGUCGCCCGCCCUGGCCGACAGCUGCACCAAGUCGUGUCUCAGGGCGGCCACCAUGUUCGCCGUGUCCGGCGACCAGAUGAAGCAGAGCAAGUCCUCCAGGGCCGGCCUCCAGCUCAGCGUCGGCAGGUUCCACAGGUGGAUGAGUGACGUCAGACUCGGCAAAUUCAUCCAUGAAUACGCUGCGGUUUAUUUGGCGGCUGGAUUGGAGAACCUGUUGGAGGAAGUAGUCCUUCAGUGUCUCCCGGACGACAAUGCCCUCCUCACCGCGCCGAUUUUCGAGCACGCAAUCGCCACCAACGGCGACUUGUGGGGCUUGUUGCAACCCUACGCCCAUUUGAACGCCGGAAGAACAGCAACAGGUGCACUGUCGAUGCCACGCUGGCCGAGCGCUGUGAGCCUGAGCUCGACGGACGAGGCCGCCUCAUCCUGCAGCCUGCAGUCGGUGACACCAGGGCUAGGUUCCGGUCCCGGAGGCAAGACCCUGGAGCAGUGCCUCCUGACGACCUGCGUCGGCUCCGCGGCCGAACUGUCCGAGCUGCUGGCCCGCGUGUCGCAGCACGUGACGCGCACGCAGGGCCGCGCGCCGCCCCACUGGGCCGCGUCGGCGCUGCACGCCCUCUUCUACUUCAUGCGCUGCUCGCAGCUCGAGCACGCCGAACACGCCGACGGCAUCGGCCCCGUGCAGGAGCUCGUCUACGAGAGGCCGUACGCCGUGCUGCCCCCGCUCACCGAGUGGGCCAGGGCCGCCGCCGCCCACGCCGAGCACCGCAGGGCGCCCGCCAUCGACAGGGACGACGUGCUGCAGGCCGCAAGACUGCUCCUGCCGGGCGUCGACUGCCCCGUCAGACUCGUUGGUCAAGACGAGGUGCUGUGCCCGAAACGGCCGGUCGGCGACGAAGGUGCGUGCGUGCGCAAGUUCAAGACCGACCUGGCGUUCAAGAUGCUGAGCUGCGGCAGAACUGACCUCGUGCAACACGCCCUCCAACUGCUGCCCUGCACGAAGAUAAACACGGUGAACGAGCACGGACUGACUCCGCUGAUGGCGGCGUGCGUGCACGGCGACGAGGCGUCGGUGCGUCUGCUGCUGGACUCUGGCGCCGACGUGGACACGGAGUCGCCGGGCUCGCGGCAAGGCGGCGCCUCGGACGAGACGCAGCACUGGACCUCGCUGACCUACGCGGCCCUGCAGGGCCACACGGGGGUGGCGCGGCUGCUGCUCGAGCGCGGCGCCAAUGUCGAGGGCGGCGCCCGCCUCUCCGAGGACAGGAGCACCGAGACGCCGCUGCAGGUGGCCGUCGCCGGCGGCAGCCAGGACAUGGUCACGCUGCUGCUGUCGCACGGCGCCAACCCCUUCCUCUCCACCCUACUCAAGGACUCGCUCUGCUACUCCGGCGCAGCGCAGAGGGGAUGCUAUAGCGCUAUUUCGGUUGCCGCUGCUCACGGCCAAAGAGCAACGAUGCACCACUUGCUGGCCCACCACCCCGUGGCUGCCCCAAAAGAAGUGCUUUCGCUUGAGGAAAUCUUAGCCGAAGGAGAAACAGGUGCUGCUACGUCAGAGCGUAGGAACAGCAACGCUGCCCUCCUUCACGAGGAAACCAAUCUCAAGUUCAGCAAAACGCAGAUAAAGGCGCUGCAGGAGGCCAUGUACCACAGCGCCGAAAACAAUCACCUCGAGUUGACCCUGGACCUUCGCCACAUCGGCGUGCCCUGGACCCUGCACUGCUGGAUGCUGGCGCUCAGCGGCGCUCACGAGCUGCGUCUCGAGAGUGUCAUCGAUCAACUCCUGCAGGAUUUUCUGCAAGUGUGGCCUGACGACUACUCGGAGCAGUUCGUCGACGAGUGCUUGCCACUACUUUUCAACAUUUUCCGAUAUAGCAAGAAGGAGGGCACAACCUUGCUGCUAGCAGAUAUUUUUUCCACUUGCUACGGCUGGGAGAACGUGAAAGAAAUCCGCGACCAGGCGAUGAUGUCACCCGGCGGCGCCAGGAUCGACCCUCAGUUCGUCAACAACGAGGAGCUGAGCGACGUCAGGUUUCGCGUCGAGGGUCGGCUGUUCUACGCGCACAAAAUCGUGCUGGUCACCGCCAGUCCCAGGUUCAAGUCGAUGCUCAGCUCCAAGUUCUGCGAAGGAAGCCCUCCGGUUGUGCAGAUCAAUGACAUCAGAUACAACAUUUUCCAGAUGGUGAUGCAGUAUUUGUACAAUGGAGGCGUCGACUCUCUGGAAGUUGACCAGACUGACGUCCUGGAACUCAUGGCUGCUGCAAAUUUCUUCCAACUUGAUGGACUUCUGCGCUUCUGUGAGGCUCAGUGUGCUUCGUUGGUCGACUUGGACAACAUUGUUUCCAUGUACAUUCACGCUAAGGUCUACGGUGCUGGGCAACUUUUGGAGUACUGCCAGGGCUUCCUCCUGCAGAACAUGGUGGCCCUGCUGACCUACGACGACUCGGUGAAGCGACUGCUCUUCGGCAAGAAGCUGCACAACCACGACGUGCUCUCCGGCCUGCUGCUGACCCUGCAGGCCCGAAUCAGGGGCCGCAGCGGACGCAUUACCAAGAUGGUGAAGUAGACGCCGUCUCAAAUCCCCUCGUGAACCAACUACCUCGGACCAGACAUCACACUGUAGCUUAUUAUUCUGAACUCUAUGAUCUGCAAACUCGAAUCUUUCGGGUCCAAUCGCUGAUAUUAUAACCCAGUGCUCAAUGAACUUAUCUUUAGAGAGUCCAUCCGACUAACACUUGCUUAUACGUAAUCUUAAUUUCAUGUAAGAGUGUUGCAAAUAUUUUUAUGUACAUGGAUUUACAAACUCGUGGUGUAACGGGUGACUUUUAUGAAACUUUAUACAAUGUGAACUUUACUGUCUUAGCUAUUUCACACAAUCUGCUAUUUUAAUAGGUGCUCUCGUAGAUUCCGUGAUGUGAAUUGUUGUAUAUUUUUCCGAUUAUACGUUAUUAAUUCUCUAAGUUGUCACUAAUACUACUUGUUUAUUUAUUGUGCCAAUAUUUUUUAAUAAAGCGUAGUCUAAAAUUUCUGAUAUACAUAUUAAAA